CUUGGCCUUGGCCUUCUUCUUAUUAAACCCUUCCAACUUCUACCUAGCUAUCAACUUUCUCUCAACUCUCAAGCCAAAACUGUCUUAUAGAAGUGAGGAAAGUGGGUGCACAUUUUUAUAUAUUUAUGCCAAUAGAUUGUCGAGCUUCUUCAAUUAUGACAAUGCCGCCUCCUGAUAACCCUUCUUUGCAGACAGCAAAGGAUGAACAUGAGCCUUUGGUUUUUGAUGCAUCACUUCUUCAAUAUCAGUCCAGCAUACCUUCACAGUUCAUAUGGCCUGACCAUGAAAAACCAGAACUUGAACCUCCACAAUUGAUGAUUACUCCUAUUGACUUGGGGGAUUUCCUCUCCGGAGAACCUCUUGCCAUCUCAAAAACAUCACAUCUUAUCAAUGAGGCAUGCAAGAAACAUGGAUUCUUUCUAGUUGUAAAUCACGGUGUUGAUUUAAGCCUUAUAAAAAAAGCUCACCAGUACAUGGACUUGUUCUUUGGCAUGCAAAUCUCACAGAAGCAAAAAGUUCAAAGAAAGAUUGGAGAACACUGUGGAUAUGCCAGUAGUUUCACUGGUAGAUUCUCUUCUAAACUUCCAUGGAAAGAAACACUCUCUUUUCGAUAUUGCGCUGAUAAACAGUCCUCCAACAUUGUGGAAGAAUAUUUCUCCAACUCAAUGGCUGAAGAUUUCAGGCAAUUCGGAAAGGUAUACCAAGAAUAUUGUGAGGCCAUGAGCAGUCUCUCACUUGGGAUCAUGGAGCUGUUGGGAACUAGUCUAGGGGUCGGGGGAGCAUACUUUAAGGAGUUUUUUCAAGGAAAUGAUUCGAUAAUGAGACUUAAUUACUAUCCCCCUUGCCAAAAACCUAAUUUGACACUAGGAACUGGCCCUCACUGUGAUCCCACAUCCUUAACAAUCCUUCACCAGGACCAAGUGGGUGGACUUCAAGUGUUUGUGGAUGAAGAAUGGCAGUCCAUUGCUCCCAACCCAGAAGCUUUCGUUGUUAACAUUGGCGACACAUUCAUGGCUCUAUCAAAUGGCAUUUACAAGAGUUGCUUGCACAGAGCGGUGGUGAAUAAUACGACUGUAAGGAAAUCUCUUGCUUUCUUUCUAUGUCCAAAGAUGGACAAGGUGGUGACACCCCCAAAAGGUUUAGUUGAUGCUGAUAAUCCAAGAAUGUAUCCAGACUUCGUGUGGGCCAGUUUGCUGGAAUUUACACAGAAAUAUUAUCGAGCUGACAUGAAAACUCUUGAUGCCUUCUCUCACUGGCUUCAUGGUCAGCAGCAAGUAUUAAGAGGGUAACCAUAAAGUUGAAGAGUUAUAUUAAUUACUGUUAAGGAUUUUAUCAGUUGGAGGGCCAGAUAUGAAUAUGAAGGGAGAUAUACAUUAAUUAUAAUGCAGAUUGAGAGGCUUGGUGCUUGUAUUAUGAUGGUGGAAAAAGUACUAAAAGAAAAGGCAACAGAACCAGCAAAAAAAGAGGUCAUUUUUGUGUAAUGAUGUGUUUGUGUUGGAGAAUCGUAUCUGAAAGCAAGAAGCAUAUUUAGAAAUAAUUAAAGAGCUGAAUGCAUGGGCUCCAUUGCGCGUUGGUAUUACCAAAAUGGGUACUCGCCGUGCUUUUGCUUCU